AGGAAGGGGGGGGUGGACGACGCUCCGCGGCGUUGCGCGAGUGGGCGCGGAGCUCGGGCGGGCGGGAGGGGGCCGGGGAGGGGGGGACGGCGGCGGCGGCUAGCGAGGAGGGGGGGAGACGCGGGAAGGCGAGAUGAACGCUGGGCUCCCCCUGGGCAGAGAGCCGCCCUCGACAGCCGCCGCCUGUGAAUGAACUGAGGCGAGGCCGCCAGCCGGUCCCCCUCCUCCUCCUCCUUCUCCCCCUCCUUCCCCUUCUCCCCCGGCCGGCCCGCCCGCCGCCGGCCCCGCCGCGGACGUCCCCGCCUGCCCCCGGCCUCCCUGCCCCCACGCACCUUCGGGAACGCGGAGCGCGGCCCUGCCCGCCACAGCCGGCGCCGUCCGCCGCGGCCGGGGGGAACUGAAGGAAAGUCAUCAUGGGAGCAUUUUUAGACAAGCCAAAGAUGGAGAAGCAUAAUGCCCAGGGGCAAGGGAAUGGGCUUCGUUAUGGUCUGAGUAGUAUGCAAGGCUGGCGAGUUGAAAUGGAGGAUGCACAUACGGCUGUGAUUGGUUUGCCAAAUGGACUUGAUGGAUGGUCGUUUUUUGCUGUAUAUGAUGGGCACGCUGGAUCACAGGUUGCCAAGUACUGCUGUGAGCAUUUAUUAGAUCACAUCACGAGCAACCAGGAUUUUAAAGGGCCAGAUGGGCCACCAUCUGUGGAAAGUGUAAAGAGCGGCAUCAGAACAGGUUUUCUGCAAAUUGAUGAACACAUGAGAGUCAUCUCCGAGAAGAAACAUGGCGCAGACAGAAGUGGGUCAACAGCUGUGGGUGUCAUGAUUUCUCCCCAGCAUACAUACUUCAUCAACUGUGGAGACUCGAGAGGUUUACUUUGUAGAAACAGGAAGGUUCACUUCUUCACACAGGAUCACAAACCAAGUAAUCCACUGGAGAAAGAGCGCAUACAGAAUGCAGGUGGUUCUGUAAUGAUUCAGCGUGUGAACGGCUCUCUUGCUGUUUCAAGGGCACUUGGGGACUUUGAUUACAAAUGUGUCCAUGGGAAAGGUCCUACAGAACAGCUAGUCUCACCUGAGCCCGAAGUUUAUGAAAUUGAGAGAUCAGAAGAAGAUGAUCAGUUCAUCAUACUAGCUUGCGACGGUAUCUGGGAUGUUAUGGGAAAUGAAGAGCUGUGUGACUUUGUAAGAUCCAGACUUGAAGUCACUGAUGACCUUGAGAAAGUUUGCAAUGAGAUAGUUGACACCUGCUUGUACAAGGGAAGUCGAGACAACAUGAGUGUGAUAUUGAUCUGUUUUCCGAAUGCACCAAAGGUAUCACCAGAGGCGGUGAAAAGAGAGGCAGAGUUGGACAAGUACCUGGAAAGCAGAGUAGAAGAGAUCAUAAAGAAGCAGGGUGAAGGAGUCCCAGACUUAGUCCACGUGAUGCGUACGUUAGCAACUGAGAGCAUCCCAAACCUCCCGCCAGGGGGUGAAUUGGCAAGCAAACGGAGUGUAAUUGAAGCCGUUUAUAACAGACUGAACCCCUACAGGAAUGAUGAUACUGAUUCUGCCUCAACUGAUGAUAUGUGGUAAAACUGCUCAUCUAGCUGUGGAGUUCACGUUUCAUCCUUCAAAUGAAAGUGCAGCCCAACCUCAGUGACCCUUCUUAACAUCCAUCCUCAACCUUAAUUAAAGAAGGGAAUACGACGCGUUGGUGAGAGUGACUACAGCAGUACGACAUCUAGCCCAGGAACUGAUCUUUUUUUGUAAAACAGACUUCUGUAAACGUGAUUUCAAACCGUAAUUCAUGUUGUAAAUCAGACUCCAGCAAUUUAUGUUGUAUGAUUUUGUUUUUGUAAAGUGCAAUUGUCUUUGUACAAAAUGCUCAUAUUUAAUUAUGAACUGCUUUAAAUCACUAUAAAGGUUAGAAGAAAUGUUUGGCUUGUGUGAUGCAACAAUAUAUAUCCCUUUAAAUUCAUGUUGUGGUUUUGGAUUGCAAGGAGCAGCAGCCUAGCCAGCUAGGUGCUCAAGAGGUGCACAAAACUGUAAAGAUAGCUUUUUGUUUUAUAUGAAAGCUAAACUUGUGGACAACUUACCAGAAAUUACCGCGCGUGGAUUUGCUUGGCAAUGGAAAAAUAAUUUGAGUAGUGCACAUACUUCAACAAACAUGGAUAGUUUUCUUGGAUGCACUCCUGCUCUCACAUUGAACUAAAGGGAGUCCUGAUUUUGACUUCAGUGGGAGUUAAAUCAUGCCCUAUUAAUAGUAUCAUGUUCAUAUGCGUACAGACCUUGGGAUUAGAAUGCCUUGAUUCUUUGCACCUCUUUUUUCAUUAACCCUUACCUGAAACUACUAAUCACUGAGCACGAACAGGCAGCUUUCUACAUACGGUAGGAGUCUGCAGCAUUUUUACAAUCCUGAUUGGCUGGGUCUGCUGCUGUUCCAAGUAAAAUACUUUGAAUUCCAUUUUAUCAAUAAAGCUUGAUUUAACAAACAAGAAAUUUAUCCAUAAAUGUGUAAUUCCUUUUUUCCUGCCUUUUAAAAUGUCAGUGCCAUUGUAAAUGAUAUUUUACUUGUGGAAGAAUAUUUUUAUUAAUUGGUAGCCCAUUUUUAAAAUGGGAAGGAUUUUGAUUAUUGCCCAAGACAUAGCCAUAUGCUAGAGGAUGAUGUGGGAUUAAUCUGUUACCCUGUUUUUUACCAGUGUGGGUUUUUUCAGGCUUUUUGGUGUUGGAUUUUUUUUUUCCUCCCCACUGAAGAUGUGCAUUGGUUUGAAUUUGCCUACUGUUUGAUAAAAAUACAUUUGUCAAAGCCUGACAAUCUUUAACAUUUUAUGGUGUGUGUUUUUAAUUGACCCACUUACUUAGAAUGAGAGACUAGUGGUUAAACAGUACUUGUGAUUUGAGAUAUAGCAUGUUGACAAUAUUUAACUGUUCGUUGUUUAAAAUUCUAAUUUAAAAUUUUAUAAGAUAAUAAACUAAUUUGAUUUAAGCUUAGCUUUCUCCCAUUGAGCAUACACAAAUUAAGUUUUCAAGUCAGUCGUGUUUGCAAAACUGCUGUUUUGUGCACCUUGUAUUGUCUUUUUGGUUGAGAAUAUUGUAUUUAAUAUGUAGUUUACUCAUUUAGUAGGCAGAUUCCCCAAAAGGAAAAUCAGUAAAACAAGUAGAUUGUAACAUUUACUGCAGUUAAACAGAAUCAAAACUUGGUGUAUAAUUACUUUUUUGAUAGGAAAAUGUAGUACAAUGCAUUUUGCUCUAUUUGUCUUUCCCUAACUUUGAAAUAUACAUAUUUGUAUAUAUAGCCUUAAAACUAAUGCAGAGUUAGGGAACACUGAACAGUGACAAAGUAACUUAUAGUGUCUUGGAACUAAGUAUAGUAUAUACCAGCAAACUUUUCUUUUAUCCCUCUUGUCUAUGUGGGGUGCUUAAACGUAACUUCAUUGUAUUCAGUUUGUAAUCUGUUCAAGCAUGAAUGAAGAAAACAUAAGCACUAUUUGUAUUUAUAAAUUUAUAGCAAUUUUUGCUUAAAGAACCAAUUCCUUACCUACCUAUGAAUAAAUGCUUAAAAUGUCUAAUUUUGUUGUAGAGUGCAAAACUAUAAUAAUGUUAAGUUAUAGCUUCACAGGCACCUAAUUAACAAGCAUAUUUAAUAAUACAUGGCGUAUUAGUGCAAAAAGCUAAACUUAAUUUAGGAUGAGGCAGAUAAAGUUCUGUCCUUUUUCGUAGAGACUGAAGUUUAGUUUUGGAAACUGCAAAACCUUGAACUGGACUGUGGAACCUUUGAGUUUUAAACUUUAAAAAUCGGAAGCGAAACUGUGGUGUGAAAAGCCAUACUUCAAACCAUAAUCACUUAAACUGUCUCAGUGACAAAAGAGAGAUUUGAAGCCUCCUCUUAUGAGGUCUCCUAAAGGCUAGAAAGAAAAUAAUUCUGCUAUUGCUACAGGCGAUGUAACUAGGUUUGAGGGUAGCGGAAGAAAGCCCGUUUCAGGCCUUUCUCCCACCUAUUUUCAGCAUUUUGAUGAGGUCAGAGCACUGAAUCUAUUAUGUAUGCAUAAACACUGCCAUUUUAGAUACAGAUUUUGAUUACGAAAUAUAGGAAUUAAGUAUAUAAAGCAUCCUAGAAAAGAGGCAAGCUGUACUUUUCACUGCUCUGAAAAGAAAAAGGCACUUUUGCACCUUUGUGCAUCUCCUUCUUGCACCAGAAACUUUUUUUUAAAUGCUAAAAACAUUAGCACCUCAGGGGCAAGGCAGCAAUUUUUCUUUUUUUUUUUUUUUAAGUAUUGUGUGCUAUUUAUUUCCCUCUUGCAGAAAGAUUCCUGUGUGACAGAAAUGAAAAUUGUGUGAUGUUAAAAGAUGUAUUUUUAAAUACAUGUUCAAAUAGGAUGGUCCCAAUUUGCUUGUUUUUAAAACGAAAUGACAUUUGUAAAGCUACUUUGCUUCAUGUGCCAUGCAACUUUGUUUUCCUUCUACAUUUGACAGCUUCACUGGCUUCAGUUUCUGUGAGUUUUGUUAUAGUCAGAUUAAAUGUUUCACUGAUCGUUCUGGGAGAAUACCUGUACUGCUUUAUAGACAACUGUUACAAAUUAUUCUCGCUAAUUCAGCAUUGAAAUGUGUUCAAGACAGAGGCUUCUAAAAUGUGUUUUAAAACCGGUCGGAUUAACUAAAUGCAAUUACGUUAAGGUCGUAGAUUUGUAAGGCUUUGUAAACCUGUUGUAUCCAGAGUCCCCGGUACGUGUCAUGGGGCAGAAAUCUGCAGGGCCGGUGCUGGUUGGGAAGGCAGGGCCUUUUAGCUGGCUUGCUCUUGCCUAGCCAGGAAGCAGCACCACAAAGACCUUGAUGCAUGGCCAUCAUUCAUGUUAAUCUUCCAGCAGAAGUCGGAAUCGGAGAGAGAAAUCUCAUCUGCUCAUCAUUAAACUAUGCUGAAUUGCGGUAAUCCUGGGCUGUGUCAUACUAGCAAGAUGCCUGAUGAGUAUUGAGCAGCAGAUGAGCAAUAGUUGCACUUACCUUGAUCGUUUGCGCAGGUGCCAAAGUAUUUUAACAUGUACUUAUGAUCAACUGACUUCAGCAUCCAUUAAAUUGUUUAUUGCAAAGCUGGUACUGUCGCAGCUCUACAGGUUACAAUCUGAGCCAUUUUGCUCAGUUCAAGAAUUGGAAACUUGAAGAGGUGAUUUAACAAAAAUAGGGAACAGUUUUCACUUCAAUUGAUUCCCUGAUAAGAAUCCCAUCAUAAUUUGUUACACUGGGACAGGAUAGGCUUCCUAUUGCAUUUCAUUUUUUAGUGAUUUAUGAUCUAAGGAUAUGGUUUCGUGAUCACCUUAAAUCAAGACUAAACCGUGGCUGUAAGUUUGCCCCUAGUGCCCUUUUUGUGCCAUAACUUGUGUGGCUGUACAGUUAGGAGAGAAAAAACAAGAUCUGUGCUCUUCUGGUGGGUAAGUUGAUGUACCAGCACCCCGUAGCUGGAUUUAGGGCAAGAUGCAGAGUGGGGAGACAGGCCUGAGAGCAAAGGAAUAGUUGUACAACCCUUCCUGCCCCAGGUUGAGGAACUGCACCCUAAAUGCAGAUAUGUGGCUGACGUGUGUAGGGAGUGUUGAAGCCUUUGCAGAUCUUUUUCCACUCUAUGUACAAAACAAACAUUUCGCUUUGGUAAAACCUUCUUCUUAAAACUGGAAUUGUGAGACUGGGUGGAAUGUUGACUUGUGUAUGCGUUCCAUGCUGACAAAUUUAUUUUCUCUUUGCUUUCUCUAGAUAUAUGUAGCUCUGGCCUGAGGGAUAGACAGCAUGGCUGCCAGAAUUAGGGUAAUGAGGUGGUUGUUACGUUUACCUUAUUUCAGUGUACAUCAGGAUUUCAUCAUGCUGAGAUGUUCACCUUCAUCCCUACCUGCGCCGCCUUGGAUUUUUUUAUGCGCACAUGAAUUGGUAUACUUCGAUUUCUUGAUAUUUAAACUUGGCCAUGUCCAUACCAGGGUAACCUUUCAUACCACGUUACCCUUUUCCUCAUCCUUUGGCAAAUACAGUAUUUUGGUACAAACCUGAUGUACUUUGCAUAGGUUCAGAAACAGCAAAACUCUGUAGAGCUAUAGAGCUGUACCUGGCAGUUUUCUGUAGAAAAUGGAAUUGUUCUGUGCUAAGCUUCAUGAGGUGUGAAAAUAAUGUCUCCUAGAUAACUGGUAUAGCUCCUGUUCCUACAGCUAUGUGUGUUUGAGAUGAUCAUAACCUGAGCCUUUGUAUACCAAAACAGGCUGUAAAGUCUCUACUUGGCUGAACAGGGUUUUUUAACUCUUUACAUGGUAAAAAGAGGCUCCACACAUGAAUUUCUAGGAUGCUGCAGUGCAUAAAAUGGAUGCGAUUCCUGCUAUGAGCUGUAAAAAUGGAGCAAGAUUUACAAUCUGAGGCUAAGUACCUUUGACUGACCUGUCUAUGAAAUAUUGAUCAGAGAAUCGGAUCUUCUGGUGAGCUCUUCCUGAGCUGUCUCUGUGGAGUGCCUGCGUGGUCUGCGAUCUCUGCAGACCCAGGCCUGCACCUUCUGAACCUCCUCCUGGCCUUAUUUUGCUUAAUGAGGUUGCUUUGAGGCAGCAGUCUCCUGGGCAGUGGCAUUUCUUCACAGAAGUUCGAGAAGCUGUAGGAAAACUUACAGAUUUCUUUAUUCUUGUGGAGUGCUAAAUGCUUUCAAGUGGGAAAAAAAAGAAUAUACAGCAUGCUAAAAGUUGAGUAUACAUAAUCUCCCACUGAGAACUUGUUUCUGGAAAAAGCUACCAAUAUUUCUAUUUACUUAAUAUGUGAAAAAAAAUGCUUUAAUCUCCUGAUUGUGUCAGAGUUGUUGACCUAUACUGACCUGGGCUCUAUGCAUAUUCCUUGCUUUAUGUUUUUAUUUGAUGUUCCUUUUGAGUAGCAGUAAACCAGAUCUUCUCCCCCACCCCCAAUGUGGGCACUCUUCUAAAGUCUCUGCUUCCAAGCUAAGAGAACAGAAGUGAUAACGAUGUCUUAGGAGAGGCGUUUGGGAGAGGCUUGCUUAAAAUGCAACAACAACAAACCCCCUAACCUUUGCAACCACAAAAUUUGGGAAAGUGGGCUUAACUUUAAAAAUGCCUUUUAUAGAAUUAAUGAAAUAGUUUUAUUCUGCAAGUGUCAGAACUUCAGUAGGGGUGGGAUGACAGGUCAGAUUUCUAAAGUAUAUAUUGGUUUAUGCCUAGCCAGAUUUUUACACUUAACUUGUACUGAUUCCUGCCCAAAUGCUAUCUAAAAUAUCACUAGACACCUACUUCUUUCUCUUAUCCACCCCC